AUGACUUUCCGAGCGAUAAACAAUAAGUAUAAUCCGUUAUUUUCUGCUCCAGCAUUGUUAAAUCGAAACACCUGGAGUAAAAAGUUCAGAGACAUCUGUUGUGUUAUUGUUACACUGAUUCUGAUCUCAAUUAUAUGUGUUCCAAUUGCAUAUGUCCUUUCCACAGUAUUCAUGUUAUUUUAUGACACUGAAGGAAAAAUUAUUGAUUCACUGACAACUACCGUACCUCCUGUAACAACACCUUCUACUACACAGAUACCUAUCACAACUACAAAAAACCCAAAUAUUCCUGCUGCUUCAUGUGGAAAACGUGUCAUUGGUUACUAUACAGAAUGGGAAAAAGCCGAAGUUUCAGAAAAGCAGCUGAAAAAACUGACUCAUGUUAUUUAUCUUUUCGUUAAUGUUCAAGAAGACGGAACAAUCAAAUUUGACAGUGAUCGUGCGGAAAACAGAUUCUUGGACAUGAAAAAUAAGGCGAUGACGUUGAAUUCUGGUCUGAAAAUGAUGAUUGGAGUUGGUGGACAUGCCAACUCGGUGGUGUUCUCGCCAUUGAUGAAGGAUGUUGGGAAGAGAAAAAUUCUUAUCGACUCAAUUGCAUCAUUUAUCGAUGAAAAUGAUCUAGAUGGUGUUGAUAUUUUCUGGGUGUGGUCUAACAGUGCUGACAAACUGCACCACUCGAAAUUCAUUAGAGAACUUCGGAAAAGAUUGAAUGACUUGAAGUCUGCGAAGAGAAGAAAUGAGGAAUAUCUGAUCAGUGUGAUCGUUCCUCCUUCGGUUUCUCACUUGGACAGUGGAUAUUAUCUGAAUGAGAUAGUAAAACACGUGGAUUUCUUGAAUGUUCUCACCUAUGACUACUAUUUCAAUGGAAAUCGAGUGGGGCCUCACUCACCAAUUUAUGAAGGAUCACAUGGAAAUAUUGAUGAAACUAUGAAGUAUUUGGCAUGCAAAACCAAAAAACCAAAUAAAUUGAAUAUGGCUGUACCGUUUUAUGGAACAUUCUGGAUAAAUGCAUCUCUGCCACUUCACGAUGAUUCUGAUGACAUUUGGAAGGAGAAAGGUGACGCGAGAGGACCAUACGCAGUGAGAUGGAACCAACUUGACAGUGAGAAAUGGGAUAAAAGUUCAGCGAGAUUUCAUGAGAAAUCAAAAACUUCCUAUAUCUGGAUUCCAGAGACUAAACAUUUUCUAACUUUCGAGAAUGAAAAAAGUCUUGGAGAGAAGACGAAAUAUGUGAAAGAGAAGGAUUUGGGAGGCAUGUUGAUAUGGGCAAUUGAUCAGGACGAUGAAGAGAACACUCUUCUCAACGUUGUUUCUUCAGCAGAUGCUUGCUCGGAAACAGAGAAGAAAAGUUUGGAAUAUAAUUUGGCAUUUGUCGCCUGUACAUCAUCCACGACGUAUAGAAAAUGUGGCACCGAUAUAAAUAAUCUCUGGCUUGAUAUUGUUUUGGUUAUCGACAACACAAGGAUCAUGCAGAUGGAUGGAGUUUACGACACAAUUCAGGCUAUGUUCGGACAAUCAGUUCGAAUCGGAGCAGGACAUCCAGAUCCCAGAAGUACCAGAGUGGCCAUUGUGACUUAUAAUGAAGUGGCAACAGUGGAGGCGGGGUUUGACGAGUUCAAAUCUUUGGCAGCGUUGAAUCAAGAGUUGGACAAGUUGAAUGCAACACAAAAAUCGGAUUCGUUCGACGCGUUCAUGGAUUUAGGUCUAUCAGCUGCUAACAAUUUGAUCACUGCCGCCAAUCGAGCAAAUGACAGAAAACAGUACAAAAAGUUAAUCGUUCUCUUCACUUCCAAUUAUUCGUUUAAAAACCAACGUCCCGACGUCUUGGCCCUAUCAAUUCGCCAAUCUGGAAUCGAUAUUUCUACAGUAUACACAGGUGCUGGGACCACAGGGAAUACUGCAUUUCAAUUGAAGUUUGUCGGAAAUUAUAACAUGAAUUUCCACAUGCAAGAUGCUGCACCAAUUGUACAGGAACUGCAAGGAGCUACUGCAAUGGCAAACUGUUUCUGUCGUGAUGGUUGGAGUCAAUAUGAGUGGCCAAUCAAUUCUGGAAAUCUUUUUGGAAUCUGUGUGGGAAACUUGAAUAAGAAUGAAUAUCAAAUGAAUGCUCAGAAGUCCUGUCACACAGCUGCGAAGAAUGCAUAUUUGGUGUCGGAAUUUGAUGUCAACAGGAGAUCUUUCAAUUAUGACGUCAUAACCAAUAAGGGCGCCAAAACAGUAGCCUCUUACUACAACGGAUUGAUCAGUCAAAAUGGAAGUUGGUACUGGGAUCAACCGGAUGGGAAACCUCUUCUUCCGCUCGACCCAUCAUCUGGAUCCGUUUCUACCAAAUCUGGAUGCGUGGCUGACGUGAAAUAUUCCGAUGGAUCUGUGAGAAUCAUGUUUAGAACAUCACCUAAUCCAUGGGAUUUCAGAUUGCGUGGACACCAAUUAGUUGUGGAAAUCGACUACCGUAUCUUUGUGAGAUGCGAUCCUGUGAUACUGAUUUUUACUGCUUUUAAAUCUUCUGAACAAUAA